CAGUUCCAUUAUCUUAUAUUCCUAUGUCCAUGCGUUCCUGGUGGCGUCGGUUCGGUGCAGUGAUCGUUUCAGACGUCAGUAAUGUUUAUUUAAAUUUUUACUUUUCAGUAUUCUUGAGUUUUAUAGUAUUAUUAUGGUUGAUGGUUACGAUCGUAUCGCAAUCCACGGAAUUAGUAACGUCGUCAUUAUGACCAUUAUGUCGAUUGGUCGAUAAAAUAAUUUUUAAUUUGUUUAUCCAACGAAUUAUAUAUAAUUUUUACGUUGUUUGUAUAAACAAUAGUAUACAAGUAUGUUGGUUGUACAGAGUAUUCUGUUGUGUUACGGCAUUGACUUAUUGGAAUAUUUGAAGUCUAUCAUUGAUCGUUAUAUAUCCAAUGGCGAAACGUCUGAUUCGGAGGAAGACAAAAUAAUAGAAAUUAUCAGUCAACAAUCAUGUGCAUGUACACUGGAUGAAAAUGGCUUAAAAUUUUGGCCACCAUUGUACAUGCAAAGGUACAUGGCUGUACAAGAAGUGAUUGAACAUCCUAUUUGGAGUGGUUCAAUAAAAAAAGUUGUUGAUUUUGGUUGUUCCGAGAUGGGUUUAUUUAAAUGUAUAAAACCAAUUCCAGGACUCAACAACAUUAUGCUUGUUGAUGUGGAUUUUGAUACAUUGGAUAUAAAUCAGUUUAAGGUGUUACCAACUAAUUAUGAUCAUAUAUCUUUGCAUGAACGUAAAGAGCCUUUGACAGUAGAUAUUUAUAAUGGAAGUAUUGCUGACCAAGACGACAGGAUGUUAGGCGUUGAUGCAGUUAUAUGUAUUGAAUUAAUUGAACAUUUAUAUUUGGACGUUCUGGAUUCAUUACCCAAUAAUGUGUUUGAAUUCAUCAAACCUAAAUUAGCUGUGUUUACUACACCCAAUGUGGAAUUCAAUAUUCUAUUUCCAAAUUUUACAACACAGUUUAGACAUGACGACCACAAAUUUGAAUGGACUAGAAAACAGUUCAAGGAAUGGGCUAAAAAAAUAACUACUCGUUAUCCAGAGUAUGCUGUACAAUUUGAUGGUAUUGGAGCGGGUCCUUCUGGUACAAAAAAUAUUGGUUGUUGUAGUCAAAUGGCCAUUUUUUAUAGGAAGGAUAUGACAACAUCUCCUGUUAAACCUAUUGAUUCUACUCCUUACAAAUUGUUGAGACGUGUUGACUAUCCAUAUGAACUUGAUGAUGAAAAUCAUUGGGAACGGACCAUGUAUGAAAAGUUAAGAAAAUUUGUUUCAGAAGCUUCAUGCAACAAGAAAUAUACUGUUGGUUACAAUAUGGAAAUACCAUUAAAUGAUAUUAUGCCACAUGUUUCAGAUUGCUGUUCAUCUAUGGAUAAAUUAGUGGAUGUGGUCGAUAAACUCUUCUCCACUAUAAAAAAUGAUCAUGGAGAAUGGUUAUUGAUAAAAGCUUUAUCAGAAUUCAGUUCAGAUGAAUAUGAAUCAGACUCAGAUUCAUUUUCAAACAAUAGUGGACAGGAAUACAAUCUAUUGGAAAAUACAGUAAACCUUGACAAUGAUAUUGAAGAUUGGAAUAAAUCAGCUGUCUUAAGUUCUGACAAAUCAAAACUUUGUUAUUCUACUCCAAUGACUAGGGAUCCAGAGCUCAAAUACUAUUCAAAUAAUGUAGACAGUUUCAGCACAGUGCAUUCAAAUUCUGGUUUGUAUAAAACAGCCGUUGAUUACAAUAAGACUGAAGAUACUGAGGAUAUGGUAAUGUCAUUUAGCUGCAAUAGUAGCAUUGUUGAAGACUGUAAUGUUUAUCAAGAUUUCAAAACAGGACAAAAUAAUUCUGUAAUCAAUGAUGAAGAUGUUAAUGAAACAGAAAAUACAUUGACAUGCAUUGCAAAUAGCCAUAAACUUUCUAAUGAUGGCGAUAAAUUAAAUCACAACUAUACUGAUGAUAUGGAAAUCUCAUCUAGCUACAAUGGUAGCAUUAUUGUUGAAGACUGUAUAGUUUAUCAGGAUUUCAAAUCGGGCCGAAAAAUUUCUGUAAGGAAUGAAGAAGAUAUCAAUGAAACAGAAAAUACGUUGACAUGCGUUACAAAUAGUCAUGAAUUUUCCAAUGACGAUACACUAAAUGACAACAUAAUCAUUGAUAACACUAUCAUUAAAAAUAAUAGUAAUAUAUCUUCAAAACUAAAAUGUAGUUCUGAUACUGCACAUCAAUUUAAAUCUAAUAACCCUGAUGAAAUUUAUAUCACAAUUAAUGAUGGGGUGAAUGAAAUUGAUGACCAACUAACGGUAUGCUUGAACAGGACAUUGUUAGAUGAAAACGGUUACACAGAAAAGUUGUUGUCUACUUCAGAUACUGAAUCGUCAAAAAAAAAAUGAAAAAGUAUAAUUCAAAUUUCAAUUUUUUAUUAUAAUUCAUAACUAAAACGGCAUUAGAUCUUAAAACAAAUGUCACAGCAUUUAAUUAUCAUUGCAACAUAAUUUUGUUUGUUGUUUGAUAAUUGUGUUUGUUGAACAGAUUUUUAUUUUUUAAAUUUUAAUGAUUAAAUUAUUUAAUUUAUAUAAUUUUUUUUUAUGUGUAAACAACUUGCUGGAAACUGAAGACUGUAUUUUAAUUUAAUAACUAUGAUAUUUUAAAUAAGUGGUGAUUAAUAGUAUGGGUACCCUUUAUUUUUAAUAUUUUACAUGUGUUCUAAAGAAAUUGUGCUCAAUUUAUUACAUAUUACUUGUUUGUAUUGAGUAAUGAUGAUUUAAACUGGAAAAUGUUAUGUUAGUUUAUAUAAAUGUUUUUCUUGUUAUCAACUAAUAAAAAAAAAAUUCCAAAUAGCAAAUUGUAUUUUACAUUUUUUUUAUUGGCCUAGGGAGUAAUUAUUGUGAUUAAAUAUUAAUAUUAGUAUAUGGAAUUGAAUUUGUAUUUCUAUGUAACAAAGAAUUAUUAAUACCUGUAGGCACAAUAAUAUAAGUUAAGCUGAAUAGUUUAUGGGCGUGGAAAAUAUAUUAAAGUAACUGAAUGUUUAAAAUACUAUUAAAUCCUUAAAAUUAGUGAUAGAGGAUGCUAGUAAAAGUAAAUUCAACAUUUGUUUUUACUUAAAAAAAAAGAAAACUGUCACUAAAUUAAUGUAAACUUAGUUGAUAUUAUUAAAAGAAAUAAUAGUUUUUAAUUUUAAUACCUAUGGUUUUAAAAAUCAAAUACAAAAUUUCUCAGGUAUGUUUACUGGUAUUUAAAAAAAUUUUAAGCUUUAAGUCAUAUAUUUUUUCAUGAGUGAUUGAAGUUUGGACCACAUCGAAAACCUAAAAUAACGAUUUGUCUGCUUACGAGUCAGUUCAUUAAAGUGAAACAUUCCACUAUCUAUUUCUUACUUUAUCAUUUUAUACACAAUGAAAUGUCCAUAAUAUUUAGAACAAUUUUCAGCUAUUUGUUGUGGCAUUUGAAAUUUUCUGUUUUUUCGUGUUAAUAGGCAUUUUUAUGCUGGGUUAAAAAGUUUGAAAAUUUAAUACAAGAUCCCCUCACAAGUAGCUCUAAAGCAAUAAUUUAAAAAUAUCGAUAAAACAGGCAAAAUCUUUUUGUUUUAAUUAAGUGUUUGAAAUUUGAAUGUCAACAAAAUCAUGAACCUUA